AUGGCCGAAUCGGCGGUAAAAAUCACGAAGAAUCUUCUGCAGAAAUGCAAGUGUAACUGGGAGGAGUUCGUCGUAAAAUUAAGAGAGUUGCGAAACAUGCCCAGGAGUGACGGAAACUAUCCGUCCGAACUAUUAAUGGGUUACAAGCAACGGUGCCUACUGCCCAGUCUAAACGAACCGGAGCCAAAGAUCGAGAGGAGAGAGAAGCCGAAAGAAAGAAAGAAAGACGCUCCGCAUCCAAGAAGGCGACGCCUUAUCCCGGGAGAGAAAGUCAUUUGCCAGAACCCAAUCACUAAGAAGUGGGACGAUACCGGGCUUGUCGUGAGCGAACGCAAACACGGAGGAUCAUACUGGAUCGAAACGAGAAAUGGCUGGCAGUUGAUUAGGAAUCGUCGCUUCCUGAAACCAUUAAAAGAAGACGACGAUAGCAAAAAUACAAACCACACAAGAGAUCAAGAGGAGAACGAAGACACUCUCAAAACGAGAAGAAGCCCGAGACUCGUCAACGCGGAAUACGAGAGACGACCCUGA